CACCGCCUCUUCCACAAAUCUCGUCCGUCCAAUUCCCAAAAUACCCUCGAAUCGAAUGGGCAACAACUAACAUUCAUUCAGCUCCAAGGCGGAGAAUCCAAACCCAGAAAAAGACGUUCUUACCCUUUUCAACCCCUCAUUUAAACACGCACACACUGUCGGGAGUCAAACACAAUUGAAUAGAUUCACGCUUCGCUCGCAGUCACACCUAAAACUCAGAGAUCUCGGAGACGCUGUCUGUGUGUGUUAGGUUUAACAAUGACACCUUCACUGGUUGCUAAUGGUGGUGUCUCCGCCGGCGAGGCAGUUGCUGCGCCAGUCACCGGCCGAGUCGCCGCAGUCUACAGCGAAGUUCAGUCGAGUCGCAUUGACCAUAAGCUUCCUCUGCCUUCCGUGCUCACAAAGCCCUUCAAGGUCGUCGACGGACCCGCUAGCUCCGCCGCCGGCAAUCCAGAUGAGAUUGCAAAGCUGUUUCCGAAUGUUUUCGGUCAGCCAUCUGCACUGUUGGUGCCAAGUGACUUCGAUUCUGCUCUACCCCAGCAGAAGUUGAAGAUCGGUGUCGUUUUAUCUGGAGGCCAAGCACCUGGAGGGCACAAUGUGAUUUCUGGAAUUUUUGAUUACUUGCAAGACCGUGCCAAAGGGAGCACAUUGUAUGGAUUCAGGGGCGGGCCUGCUGGGAUCAUGAAAAACAAAUACAUUGAACUUAACUCCGAGUAUAUUUAUCCCUACAGAAAUCAGGGUGGUUUUGAUAUGAUUUGUAGUGGAAGGGACAAGAUUGAAACUCCAGAGCAGUUUAAACAAGCAGAAGAAACAGCUGUGAAGCUGGAUUUGGAUGGCCUUGUUGUUAUUGGCGGAGAUGACUCCAACACAAAUGCCUGCCUCCUUGCUGAAAACUUCAGGGGGAAGAACUUGAAAACUCGAGUGAUAGGUUGCCCAAAAACCAUUGAUGGUGACUUGAAAUGUAAAGAGGUCCCCACAAGUUUUGGGUUUGACACUGCUUGCAAGAUAUAUGCAGAAAUGAUUGGCAAUGUCAUGAUAGAUGCCCGGUCAACUGGAAAAUAUUAUCAUUUUGUACGGCUUAUGGGGCGUGCAGCCUCACACAUUACAUUGGAGUGUGCGCUGCAAACCCAUCCAAACAUUACAAUUAUUGGAGAAGAGGUUGCUGCAAAGAAGCAGACUCUGAAAAAUGUCACCGACUACAUUGUGAAUAUAAUCUUGAAGCGUGCUGACCUUGGUUAUAACUAUGGUGUCAUACUUAUUCCUGAAGGUCUAAUUGAUUUCAUUCCUGAGGUGCAGAACCUUAUUGCUGAAUUGAAUGAAAUUCUGGCCCAUGACGUCGUAGAUGAAGGUGGGCUGUGGAAAAAUAAACUUACUAGUCAGUCUCUACAGCUUUUUGAUUUCCUACCUGAAGCAAUCCAAGAGCAACUGAUGCUUGAAAGAGAUCCACAUGGAAAUGUUCAGGUAGCCAAAAUAGAAACAGAGAAGAUGCUUAUUCAAAUGGUUGAGACUGACUUGGAGAAGAGAAGGCAGGAAGGUUCAUAUAAUGGCCAAUUCAAAGGACAGUCUCACUUUUUCGGGUAUGAAGGAAGAUGUGGUUUACCAACCAACUUUGAUUCUACCUACUGCUAUGCAUUGGGUUAUGCUGCUGGAGCACUCCUUCAGGGUGGAAAAACUGGGGUGAUAUCAUCGGUUGGGAAUUUGGCUGCUCCUGUGGAGGAAUGGACCGUUGGUGGGACUGCAUUGACUUCAUUAAUGGACGUGGAGAGGAGACAUGGUAAGUUCAAGCCUGUGAUCAAGAAGGCAAUGGUGGAACUUGAAGGUGCACCCUUCAAGAAAUUUGCAUCCCUGAGGAAAGAUUGGGCUAUCAACAAUCGUUACAUCAGUCCUGGUCCCAUUCAAUUUCAUGGGCCAGCAUCGAAUGCUCUUAGUCACACGCUACUCUUGGAACUUGGAGUUCAAGCUUAGGCGUUUUAUUAGGUCUUGGUGCAGCGUCGUUGACGUUUUGCCUUGUUUUGCUUUUGCGUAGAAUAGUGGCACUUGCUUAAAUUAAAGGAUUGAUGAACAAGAAAGUUCCACAUCAAUAUGUGGAACUUGGGUGAGUCAGCCCAGCCCCAUUUUUUCCUUUACAUAUUCUUUUCGCUCUUUCCCUUGCAUUUUUGAGAUCGACUGUGAGUUUAUGAACUAAUGAGUCUAGACCCAAUACAACUUUUGAGAU